AUACCUUUAUGCGGCGGACACUGGCCUCCAGGCGAAGCUGCUUCACUGCCUUCUGGGCAAUGACUAAACUGCUGCUGUUGACGCUGUUAUUCGACAUGCCUGCGCUCCUUUACAGCGAGAGUGACGGAAAGUUAACGGUAUUCAUGAACCACUAACAAUAUAAUGGAGAUAACUUGUCUAGUCAUGCCUCAAACUGAAACAUCUGUAGGACCAAUCAACAAGUUCCACCCCAUUAUGGUUGGGAAAACUCUGGGGGCUGAAAUUGCCUUCAUUGAGGAGCUGAAAGCAACUGGCCAGAUUGAGAUGACCUCACCUGAACUCUGUGACUUCUUCCUGGUUUUCUGUCCUAUCGAGUCACGAGUUGGAACUGACAUCAGUGGAGCCAUGCAGAACAUCCCAGGCGGUAAACAGGUGAUCCUGGUGGUGAUGCAUCACACCAUGAGACCUGAUGAUUUUGCAGGUGACAGCAGGAGACACGUGACAAGGCCGGACAUCGUCCUCACUGUGGACUGUCUGUUCUUUGAGGGCAGAUUCCUGGACUGUGACCGCAAUAAAUUUGCAUUCAGAGACAUCAAGAAGAAAAUUGGAGGUCCCUCUCCACAGGGGCCCAACACUGCUGGAACAGAUGGGGAUUCCACGUGGGAUCGUAGGUUUUUCUUAGGACCAAUGAACAAGUUCCACCCCAUUACGGUUGGGAAAACUCUGGGGGCUGAAAUUGCCUUCAUUGAGAAGCUGAAAGCAACUGGCCAGAUUGAAGUGACCUCACCUGAAAUCUGUGACUACCUCCUGGUUUUCUGUCCUAUCGAGUCACGAGUUGGAACUGACAUCAGUGGAGCCAUGCAGAACAUCCCAGGCGGUAAACAGGUGAUCCUGGUGGUGAUGCAUCACACCAUGAGACCUGAUAAUUUUGCAGGUGACAGCAAGAGACACGUGACAAGGCCGGACAUCGUCCUCACUGUGGACUGUCUGUUCUUUGAGGGCAGAUUCCUGGACUGUGACCGCAAUAAAAUUGCAUUCAGAGACAUCAAGAAGAAAAUUGGAGGUCCCUGUCCACAGAUAUUUGUCAAGACUCAGGACACCCAGCCUCAAACCGAGAUAAUCUCAGACAAACCAGGACAUGUGGUCACAGGGCCCAACUCUGCUGGAACAGUUGGGGAUUCCACGUGGGAUCUAGGACCAAUGAACAAGUUCCACCCCAUUACGGUUGGGAAAACUCUGGGGGCUGAAAUUGCCUUCAUUGAGAAGCUGAAAGCAACUGGCCAGAUUGAGAUGACCUCACCUGAACUCUGUGACUACUUCCUGGUUUUCUGUCCUAUCGAGUCACGAGUUGGAACUGACAUUAGUGGAGCCAUGCAGAACAUCCCAGGCGGUAAACAGGUGAUCCUGGUGGUGAUGCAUCACACCAUGAGACCUGAUGAUUUUGCAGGUGACAGCAGGAGACACGUGACAAGGCCGGACAUCGUCCUCACUGUGGACUGUCUGUUCUUUGAGGGCAGAUUCCUGGACUGUGACCGCAAUAAAUUUGCAUUCAGAGACAUCAAGAAGAAAAUUGGAGGUCCCUGUCCACAGAUAUUUGUCAAGACUCAGGACACCCAGCCUCAAACCGAGAUAAUCUCAGACAAACCAGGACAUGUGGUCACAGGGCCCAACUCUGCUGGAACAGUUGGGGAUUCCACGUGGGAUCUAGGACCAAUGAACAAGUUCCACCCCAUUACGGUUGGGAAAACUCUGGGGGCUGAAAUUGCCUUCAUUGAGAAACUGAAAGCAUUUGGCCAGAUUGAAGUGACCUCACCUGAACUCUGUGACUACUUCCUGGUUUUCUGUCCUAUCGAGUCACGAGUUGGAACUGACAUCAGUGGAGCCAUGCAGAACAUCCCAGGCGGUAAACAGGUGAUCCUGGUGGUGAUGCAUCACACCAUGAGACCUGAUGAUUUUGCAGGUGACAGCAGGAGACACGUGACAAGGCCGGACAUCGUCCUCACUGUGGACUGUCUGUUCUUUGAGGGCAGAUUCCUGGACUGUGACCGCAAUAAAAUUGCAUUCAGAGACAUCAAGAAGACAGUUGGAGGUCCCCGUCCACAGGGCCCCAACACUACUGGAACAGAUGGCAAUUCCAUAUUGGACCAAUUGUGCAACUUGUUACCGCGUCCUUUCCAGCGUCUUCUUCGGGGAGAUGGAACAUCACAGAUGAAACAAGAAGGAACCGAAAGAAGAAACAAGGUGAAAAAAGAGAAUAAAACAGCCAUUUUCAACCGAAAGGAACAUCAUCGUCCCAGGCGAUUUUGAGGUGUACCAGCCACUAUGGCAACCAAGAGACAAUUUCUCUUAACAGAAUACAGAUGUUUAAUUAUCAACAUUAAAGUACUAAAAUGUGACACCAGCCAUGUGUGCUUGUGUGUGUGUGUGUGUCUUGUGUCACAUAUGUUUAAGUAUACAGUUAUAAAAAUGUGUAGCCUACACUGUAACUCAUUAUUUUGUUGAAUACAAUUGUGGUGGUAUAUCAUAAUAAAUGAUCCAUGGUCACACAUAUUAAAUAAGUAUUCACAGGCAUACACAGAGAUAAUUAGCCCUAUGUGUAGAUUACACCUGAAAUGCCAUGGGUUAGUGGGGGAUUGUUGAUAGUAAAUACAUAAGUAGCAAUUAGCUGGCCCGCCUGCCCCUGGAAUUGGGUUGUGGGUUGCCAGGUUGCGAUGACAGAUGGGUUGAAACUGCAUGUAGCAUGUGGAUUGUGUGUGUAUAUUGUGUUUCAUAGAUAAUCUGGCAACUUAGGUUAUGUUGUUAGGUUGUUGUUUUAAUUUAGGUGCUUGUUGUUUUAAUUUAAGUGGUUGUUGUUUUAAGUGCUUUGCGAAUAGAUUUUUUUUGGGAUAAAGGGGCAGAUUAAAUAAGAUUAUUCUUCUUUCUGCUC